AUGCUGUGCAAAAUUAUGAAUUGUCGGAUUUUCUAUCUGAUGGUAUCAAAAAACAUAAAAUGCCGAAAGAAGCGGAAGCUAACCCUCCUUGCAGCGAUGAUAAUGCCUGCGCUAUUUUCAUUUUUCAUAUUUGUGCUGCGAUUUGUGCCAGACAGUUCGGGUCUCUCGAAGACCACAUUAAAAACUAUACAAUAUGAAAUGUGGUGGCAAGCACUUAUCACUAAGAUAAACAAGCGUCGCGAUGAGAUGGUCAAAGAGCAGAAAACUUUUCAAAGCAAUGUCUUCAUACCAAAAAUAACUGUAGGGUAUGCCCCAAACGUGACAGCUGGACUACAUCAACUUGUUGAAGGCGCCGCACGGGCCAUGUCCAUGGAGGCGACACAGAUCUACAGCUGCAGUGACUGCGAGACGCUGCGCAUUCGGGCAACCGCAGAGCAUUUUAUUGCCAGCGUCUGUUUUCACGAUGUGGACGAGUUGCAGCGCGGUCUGCCCCAAAAGUUACAUUUCUCAAUAUUAAUGCCAUCCGAGUUGAGGUUCUAUGAGGACACCUGGAUAGGCGAUAGCUGGAGAGUGAACACCAUGCUUGGCAACCCAUCGAGCGUAUCUAGCUAUGUGCUGGAGGGCUUCACAUCUUUGCAGUAUUACAUUAGCAGUGAGUACCUGCGCAUAGCAUCCGGCAAUGCUGAAAUACCGGAAGUGCUCCUUCGCCCCUACGAGUCAAAUAAGGCCGUUCAAUCGCUAAUUGGCGAGAGCAUCGAUGCGUCUGUCUUAGUGCUUUUACUCGGAUUCAUGUUUCCAGUCACAAUUUUAACAAAGGUUGGUACUUCAGAUGUAUAUGCAAAUAAGGCCAUCAAUGUUUUUCAUAUUGCUUUGCGACAGGAAAUAGUAGAGGACCGCGAACAGUCAAUUCAUUUUGCACUGGAUAAAAACCAUGCCGGCACACGAUGGCAAUUUGUCGCAUGGUAUUUUAAUGGCUUGUGGCUGCUGGUCAUAGCCUGUGUGAAUCUUACCCUGGUGCUUAAGAUUGAGUGGAGCGGUUACUCGUCGGUCUUCAAAAAGUGUCCAUGGUAUAUAAUGUUAUUCUUCUUGACGUCCUAUGUGCUCUCCGUCGUAGCUUUCUCUUUACUUAUAGCCACCACAAUGCGCACCACCAAAAUGGUGGUAGCACUGGUGCCAAUCUACUGGAUACUGGUGCCGCUGCCACUAAUCCUAGGACAGUCGUUGGACUCAACGUCAAAUGUUGUGUUAUUUGUAGCCUCUUUUCUAUUGUGCAAUGUGACAAUGUCUCAGGGAUUGAGGCGCAUAUUGUACUUUGAGCAUGACACUAAAAAUAUGAAUGUCGAACAAUAUCUGAAGACCACUCUGAUGAUCAGCGAUCCAACGCUUUUAAUGUUUAUCGGCGCUUUUUAUGCCCAGACCUUUGUGUAUGUCCUGCUGGCGGCGAUCCUCAACGGCAAUGUGUGUCCCUGUGUACAAAACUAUAUCAAGUGUACGCCAUGCCGACUCCUGAUGUUAAAGCUACACAGAUGGGUAACUCAACGACAACGGCGGAAAAACCAAGUCAGGCUAAGCAAGAUCGAACUCAAGGAGAAGCUGCCCAAGGGCAUCACUGAGCUCAUGAAACAGACUGAAAUAACGAAAGUGGUGGAUCCGCUCAAAGACCGGACACAAGAGCAAAUACCAAAUAAGAUAGAAACUCAGCAAUAUAGCACAGAAGAUGAUAAGGAAACUAGCAUCAGUUCCAGCAGCGAAUCCGAUGAUAUUACAGAGCUUGGCACACGGCAAUAUUUACUGGACAAACAGCUAUUGGUUUGGUUGAGUCACCAUGACUUUGAUCUUGAAAAAUCGUCAGAAAGCGAAACGGAUCCAAAAGGAAGUGUACCCCAGUUUUAUUUGCAACAAGCGACACAUGAUCCGUCCACUGAGCCCAAUGACGAUAUCGAAUCUAGCAAUGUGGAAGAGGAUGAAGUAGAGGAAGCCGAAGACGAUGAAAGGCGUCAGAUAGUCAUUGAGUUCAAAAACGUUUGCAAAAUGUAUGCCAAAACAUUUGUGGUGCACAACUUUUCGCUGAAGGUGUAUCAAAAUGAAUUGUUGGUUAUACUUGGCCACAAUGCGGCCGGAAAAACAACCCUAUUGAAGAUGGCCGCCGGCCAUACGCAGCCAGACUCUGGCAGCAUAUUCAUCCAGGGCUAUGACGUGAUGCAGCAACCCGCGAAUGCCUUCGAUCAAGUUGGCAUUUCACUGCAUAGCCCGAAUCUCUACACCGAAUUCACAUUCGUCGAGCAUCUGAUCUACUUGUGCCGCUUGCGGGGUCUUUCUCGCCACCAGUCGCAACAGGAUGUCCACUCGUAUCUGCGCUGCAUUGGGGCAGAGGAGCUCGGCCAGUCACCCGUCACGAUACUAACGCCUGGUCAGAGGCGACUCUUGCAGGGACUGUGUGCAUUUGCUGGACGUACGAGAAUUGUGUUGCUCGAUAUGCCGUUGGAAGGCGUGGAUGCGGAGAAACAACGCCUCUUCCAUAAAUUUGCAUUGAGCGAGCGGCAGCAUCGCACGAUCUUAAUGACAACCAACUUGCCCCAUGUGGCCAGUAAACUGGGCGAUCGGAUUGCCCUCCUGGUGAAUGGAUCAAUGUUUGCAUGCGGCAACGCGAGGCGUCUACUGCAACUGAAUAAGAAUGUUUAUCGACUGGUUUGUUCUCUGGGCAUCAUGUGCAGCUUUCAGAAGCUAUUGGCAUUUUUCACCCAGCACAUACCCCGUAUGCAGCUCGAGUCCAAGUUGGGCGAUACAGCCGUCUUUGUAAUUGAGGAUUGGGACUUAAACCAUUUGUAUACAUUAUUGAAUUUGCUGCCAGCAAACAAGAAGGAGUUGCGACUAGAUAGUUACCAGCUAAUGUCGAACUCUCUCGAGCACAUUCUACUCAAGGCCACGAUGUAUAAGCCAACAAAGGGCACGGCACGCGGGAGCAGCAGAUUGCCAAUGCUGGCCAGUCGGUUGCAUCACGUCGAACAGGUACAGCAUUUGACAAAAAAGGAACAGUUCGUGAUGAAAAGCGUACUGGUGCUGAACCACAUUGAGGUGGUGCUGCGCAAAUGCUUUCUCCAAGACGUACGCAACUAUGCACUGGCAUUGCUGCAACUUUGUCUGCCCAGUCUGUUGUGCGCCUGGAGUCUGUCCAUGCUCAAUGUACGGCAAGAGCGCCAGGCGAUUCCAACACUCCCAAUGACAAUGAACCGUUUCAAAAAUCCGAUUACGUUGCUGAGACAAAAGUAUUCGGACGUGAAUGCAGUGCGGGCAGCGGGUAAACACUAUUUCGAUUGCGCCACACUCGGUCAACGGAUUAUCCAAAUUGAGCCGAACAUUGAAUUAAUGAAGUUCAUGCGACUGCAUAUGGCAGAGAACAUGAUAAUUACCGAUCUGAAUUUCGUUGUGGCGGCCAAAUUUAGUGAUGAAUCAGUUGAGGCGCUUUACAACAAUAAACUGAUGAAUGCGGCGCCAGUCAGCCUAACACUGGUGAUGGAUGCAUUGGCAGUUGGAUUUGUGAACUCCAGUUCUGGCAUCAGCGUUAAGCUUGAGUUGCUGCCCUUCGCCACUCUGCACACGACAUAUCUGAACAGCGAUGCCAGCCGCUUGUACGAGUUGCUGUGCACCGCAACCAGUUUAUAUUUGUGUUAUGUUUGGACGCUGUCGCUGCUGGAUGUCGGCGAGGGGCGUGAGACGGGCCACAGACGUGUGGAACUGAUUGGGGGCAUGCGUUAUGGCACCCUAAGCGUUGCCAACUUCAUUUAUGGUAUGCUCAAGAUAGUCGCCAGUCUGAUCCCGCUGAAUGCAGUCUAUCUCGUCUUUCACAGCUCGUUGCCAUUGGAUACCUAUGAUUAUUUCACACUUCUAUAUAUUUUCCUGCUUGCUGGUCUCUGCGUAAUGUCCCUCAACACACUGGGCUCCCUUUGGCUGACAGAGUUGCGCAUUGGCUAUAUACUAAUUCUACAAUUUUACUCGAUGGCCAUCGUCAUGUAUCUGUCGCGGCACGGUUGGACGGAAACACGAUUUGAUGGUUACGUGUGGACCUUAAUGUUUUUGCCAUAUUAUGCACUAUUGAGCAACCUGAUGCACAUCAAUAACAUCUCGCAGAUAAUCCAUAUAUGCACUGAUGUGCAGACCUACAAGACCAGUGUCUAUUUGGAACACUGCCAGCGAGUUCCAAACUGUUGUGCUGAAAUAAAGCAAGACUUCUUUUAUUUCGAUCAAACGUGGACGGCAUACCUUACUGUUCUAUUGAUCUGGACAUUGCUGUAUCUGUGCCUUGGUGUGAAUGUGCCCAAAUUGAAGCCACUUACUAAUACGGAUGAUUUGAAAAGUGACAGUCACCCAGACAGUUGCUUUGACCAGCGAAUGCUGCAUUCUGCAAACCGAAAUGAGCUGGACAACACGUGGAUCAAUGAGAAGAUUCGAGUGCGUACAUUGGAGCGUCAAUUGGCAAGGACCAAGGCGUUGCAUGUGGAGAACUUGGGUGUUUGCUUUUCAACGCAAGUGGUUUUAAGUCGAAUUAACUUUAUGGUGGAACGUUACCAAGCCGUAUCGGUGGUUGGAGUUAAUGGAUCGGGUAAAUCGGUGCUGAUUAAAGCGAUUCUGGGCGCCUAUCGGCACAGCACAGGGGAUGUUAGCAGCUGCGACAGGCGUUCCAAUCAGUUCACUGAGCACGACAACUAUCAACUUAUUGGCUAUUGUGCCCAAAAUGACACGAUCUCGGAUGCAAUAACGGUUAUCGAGUACAUUCAAACCCUACUGAUUAUACGUGGUCUGCGCACGGCAAGAGCUCUACAGGAAGCGAAAGCAUUACUAAACAUAUUCGAUUUGUAUAGCAAUCGAUUUCAUUUGCUAUCCCAUUGCAGCUGCGGUAUGCUGAAGCGGUUGAGCAUUGCCAUAUCCUUGAUUGGUUAUGCGGGCAUCAUUCUUAUGGAUGAACCCUUUGCAUAUCUGGAUGUGCGCAGCCGUCUAAAUAUCUCCAGUCUAAUUAAUUCGCAGUGCAGUCAUGGUCAUGCUGUGCUCUAUACCUGUUCGGAUCCCAAGCACUGUGACUUGGCUGCUCGGACGGCCUUGCUACAUCGUGCGAGCCUCUGCAUCAUUGGUGAUCGAAAGGAUCUGCAGCAGGACGAUCUAGCUGACUACAUCGUCGUCGAGUCACGAAUUGAACUGAAUAAUGAUAGCGGCGAAGCGGAGUACCUUUGCUUGUCGAAUCCGUCCACGUGUUGGAACACCAACGAAAAUUUGGUCUUCCUUCAAAUCUGUUCAACAAUUGAACAUUUUUUUCCGCAUGCGCUCAUUAAAGAUACGAUCAAUCAAUGGGCCUGUUUUUGGCUGUCAAGCAAGACGUACUCCAUGUCAUUUAUCCUGGAGACGCUCAACCAAAAUAAGGAAAUCUUUCAACAAUUUUCAAUUGGUUCGCCGUUUCUGAAAUCAAUAUUUCACUCCAUUGUGGAGCAUCCCAAUGAAACGCAUCAAUUAGUCGAAGAUGAGGAUGUGUUGAAUUGAUUGCGAUAUUCUUUUAAUGUUGAAUGUGUUUCUUUCA